AUGUCCGGCCUCGAAGUCAUCGGCGUCGUCAUCAGCGCCGUGCCCAUCGUGACCGGUUUUGUGAAGCACUUCGGAUCCCCGCGCAAUGCCCCACGGCAAGUUGAUCGACUUUCUCGCAUGCUGGCAGAGCUGCGAGAUGAACGCCUUCUCCUCGCUGCCAUGCCCGCCGAGCAGCGUCACAUCCACGACAUGAUCAACCGAUGCACCGACGUCCUCGAGAGGGAGACCGGCGCGCCAGGGACGAGCCAACCUAACAAGAUUGCCAAUCGUGCUUUUAAAUUCUUUUGGCCGGCCGAGGCCGAGAAGCGGUUGAAGGAGUACAAUGACGAGUUGGAUCGCGAGUUGGACCGUUUGCAGAGGCGGGUGGAUAGGUAUCGGCCGCCGGCUGCAGAGGGGGGGUUAUUACCAUCAGCACAUACGCCGUCCUGCGUGUUUUUCGUCCAUCUCCCCCGCGGCAGUAUCUGGUUCGAAGACGAAGACCUCGACGACCGCUCCGUCUCGUUUCUGCAAGCCCACGACAUCACAAUCGAAAACACCGCCGGCUUCACCGUUUACCGGUGCUUCUCUCUCUACCGUUUCGCCUCGGUUGCCGACCGCGAGUCUUUUCUCGUGAACGUGCGGGAACGCCAACUGCUUGGCCGGUUUCUAGUGGACAAGAUCUCCGCGCGCGGUGAGUUGGUGGCGCAGCAAAAGGUGGUGAGACUGUGGAAGAAGGUUACGACGGCGGUGGGUGCGCGGGAAGUGAUCAAGACGACGGUAGCUUUUAUUGGGCGCGAUGGGAAACCGUACGAAAAGGGGCUGGGCGAGUUUAGGAGGAGUGCAGCGCUGCCGAAGGAGAAUCGGGUUGAGUUGGUGGAGGUUACGAGCGGUAUGAAGUUGACGUUGGAGUUUCGCCGUGCUGCCAAGGGAACAACUGAGAAAGAGAAAAAGGGGUUGUUUGGCGGGAGAAGGGGGUCGACAGCGUCUUCCCUCGUGGAAGCGGCCCCCGGAAAAACAACAGACGCGGCCCAGUUCAAAAAGAUCUUCGAGGCGAACCACCCAUCCACGGCCGGCUUUUCGCCCCUGGUACUUGGGUCAGUGGGCAACCCGUUCGAUCCGGAUCUGGGGAGUAUCACGGGCGAACCGCUCGCCGAAUCACACGCCGAGUCCACGCUCCCCGCUCUGAGCCCGAGCACAUCCCGGGCGCCAACGUUGUCGUCCAUCAGCAUCCCGUCGGGGUCGUUUUACUCGGCCGUGGAAGAGGUGUCGCCAAAGAGCUCCCCCGUCGGAGGGGGGUGA